AUGAGAAGUAUCCUCUCUGAAGAACAACAUUCAGGAUGUGAGGAUGUGGAUGAGGAGCCUCUCUCAGGUCACAGAAAGUCCAGACUUACUGAUAGUUUCCAUCUGUGCUCUGGGAGAGUGGAGGUGCUUCAUGGAGAGACCUGGUCCACAGCGGGUGAUGCUGACUUUGACCAGCAGGAUGCAGAGGUUGUGUGUCGAGAGUUGGGCUGUGGGCUUCCUGUGGAGGUGCUGGGAGCAGCUGCUUUUGGCAGAGGGGAGGGUCAGGUGUGGUCAAAGGAGCUUCAGUGUAGAGGCAACGAAUUUCAGAUUUCUUUCUGUCCAACAUCACCUUCACAUAACUGCACUCAUGACAGUGAUGUGGGCCUGGUGUGUGCUGGUCACACUCAGGCUCGGCUGGCGAACGGCUCUGACUCCUGUUCUGGUCGAGUGGAGCUCCAGUACCUCAAUGAGUGGGGCACAGUGUGUGAUGUAAGCUGGGAUAUGAGAGCUGCCAGUGUCCUCUGUGGUCAGCUGAAGUGUGGGAGUGCUGUGGCUGUGUUGGGGUCAGACUGGUUUGGGAGGGGAGCGGCCGGAUCUGGGCUGAUGUGUUUGAUUGUAAAGGGAACGAAACACACCUGUCAAAAUGUCCCAUUUCAUCAUGGAGUCGAACUGCAUGCUCUCAUAAACAGGAUGCUGUAGUCAUCUGCAGUGGUGAGAAUUUUGUAGUCUAUCUCAGAAAUGUCUGUGUAAGGUACCCUCAGUCAAACAAGGUUUUUAGUUAAGUGAUAUUUUUUUCCUAUUCAGGUUCCUCUCAUUUAUGAGCAUUUAAUGAGGGGCGAGUGCGGUUGU